AUGGAUUGUUGGGCGGCGCUGGCGGAUGCAGGCAAAGCAGUUGGCGAAGCAGCAGUAUUAGCAUUGAAUUGUAAAAACGCGCUGUUUCCACUAGUUCGCUUUUCAAAUCUACCAGGGUUGAUAGAGGCUUACAAUUCGACUUUGCUCCUUAGUUGCUUUUAUUACCCUCUAUCGUGGAUUGAUCUUUUCUCGAGUUACCCUUCUGAAUGGGAUACGAAACUCGAGGAUCUUUGCGGAGCGGAUGGCUACGAUAAGAGCUUGACGGAUCAGUUGGCUGAGAAAAUAACGACAGUAAUUUCAUCAAGCACAAGAACACCUUUAAUAAUAUCUGGUUUUUGUCCAUGCCGAUCAUCUGAAAAGUGCUCAGGGUUGUUCUACCGCGCUUCUUGCAGAACAUACUAUGAGGAACCGCCGAAGAUUUCUGUGAUGAGUGUUUGUUUUGAGAAUGAUUGGAUUUCGCCGUUUCCAACAAUUCCUCCAAAGUUAACACAAACUACUUCCAAACUUAGCUUGACAGCAACCACACCCAUCUCAGUAUACCCUAACUGUACACAAUUUAUUGAUACAACUUCCUUUUCAAGUCAACAAAACGUAGUUGAGAGUUCAACUGCUGCCAUUACCGCAAGAGAUGAGACGACCUCCUUGGGUAAAAAAAAAUUCUCAAGCAAAUUUUCUGUAUCGCCAACCGAUAGCAUCCUCUCUAGCGAGAGAACUGCUUUGAGUAAUGAAAGGAAAUCAACAGAUGCCACUGCCAAUGAAAGACCUUCAUUGGGCAUUUGGUCGACUGAAACUUUUGGGAGAGAUUCAGCGCCUAAAACAGAAUCAAUUUGGUCAGACAGAGAUUUCUUUAAUUCAAACAGUGAGAUAUUGAGCGAAGUUACACAGUUCCCAGCCACCGACGCAACUGAUUCUAAGCAAAGAGGAAAGACUGGAACAAACGUUGGCACACUGGAUAUCCAAACGACAUUAAAGAGAAGGUCCGGAGCGUUCACGACAGUGUUGGAUAGCAGAUACGCCUACGCUACUAUCCCCUUUAUUUAUUCAGAAGAUGGAACCAGCACUACAAUUGAAGCAAGUAGCACGAUAGGGGACUCUUCGAAGUCGUCAAAGGAAAUUAUUGAGGAGGAAGAAGGGAACUUAACAUUGGAAACAACUUAUGAGAAACACACACCGGCAAGUGAGAAGUUUGAGGAAAAAGAAGAGGAGAAACAGAGACCAGCAAUGACGGGUACGCUGACAACAAAUGAGAAUCGUCAUAUAACACGUGCUUCUUCUUCUGAUUUCAUAAAAAAACAAACCACUAAAUCCUCGACUUCGGAAGCCUCUAGUCAACUAGAACUGUCUGACAGACCUUUGUCUCCAAGAACAGACUCUACAUGGACGGACAUUAGCGAUUUCUCCUUGUCAACAAAUCAGGGGUACACAAAUACACUGGAGAACAUUAACCCAAACAAGGGUUCAAGUCACUACAACUUAGAGGAUACGGCAACUGCGAUGUCCACCUCAUUGUAUGAAAGACAAGAGAUAAGCACUGAAUCUGCUACUCCAAUUGCUGUUCAAAACACCGAAGCCACAAGCAUAGCGGAGAGCCGAAGUUUCUAUCCUCAAGCGACAUCGAUAUCUCAGAAUCCUUUGGAGAAUGCUCUCAGCUCAGGCAGAAUCAGGGGUAGUAGCGCUAUAGACUUUUCGUCUAGGCUCAUCGAAGAAAACAUCGGUACAUCUACAAAGCAUGUAACCAGUGAAAACCUAUUAUCUAUCUCGAACGAGCCAUCUAUACACUUCGAUCAUACACUAGGAAUAACCUCUCCUAAGAUUGAAAUCUCUACGGGAUUUACUCGCUAUAAGGCUACAAUCACAGACAGCAAAACCAGUAUGGAACUGCUUGAGACCAGCACAUCUGAAUAUCGAGAAACUACAACGUCCGUCAUAUCAGAUGAAUCUGAUGAUAUGGCUUACAUAUCGAACACUGUAAGUACGGCAAGCUCUCAAAUGGUUCGCUCAACAACUCCAACACUCAAGUCAAUAUUGUUUACCAAAUCCAAUUCUGCACAAAGCGGCUCAUUUUCAGUGAAAAAAAUACCUGCCAGUUCAUCUUUGCCUAGCACCUAUACGACCAAUGGAAUGUCAACUUCCUCAGCGGAAGAAUUCGCAGCUUCAAGCAUAGGAACUAAAGUGGUGUCACCUAUGAUCGAUUCCAAAGAGCUGGACAGGAAGAACCCCGACACAACCGCCUACACAACGGAGUUAAUGUCAUCAAGAUUUCUCAAUUCGAGGCUUUCGAGCAAAAUUUACUCAAGUGACACAAGCAAAGCGAACUAUGUUUCUUCUUCUUCGCAGAUACAAGAAGAUACGACUUCUGCUUCCAGUUCAGUGGGAACAACCGACUUUAUCUCAACAGGGGCCUUUUCAACAGAUGACAAACAUUUUACAUCGAUGCCCUCCACAAGCACCAUCACUUCUGGUCUUAAUUCAACAAGACUGUCAGAAAGGCCUAGUUUUUUCACCACAGCACUACUUUGGCUUUCAACUGCAUAUUUGAAAACUCAAAGUGAUUGCAACGCAUCUUCUUACUCUGCGACUAACCAUUCAACAAUAGCCAGAGAACGUACAUACUUUACGCCUUCUACGGCAGAAAUCACUAUUCCAGUCUCUACCGAGGAGACAAGCCAUUCCUUUUUACAGGAACUAUUUACGAGCGGACUAAAUACAAUAUCCCAACUCCUGCAAAGCUCAUCGAACCUAUCGCGAAAGUUUCAGACAACCACAGCAGUGUUGAAAGGUAGUAACUACCCCACGGAACGCUUCGUGCAGGUUGAUAAUCAUUCUCGGUUAACAUCCUCAGAGAUAGCAGGAACUUCGACUUUUCCAACUCUUCCACACCGCAAGCAAACACAUUUGAUAAAAGAUACAACCACGGGAAGGUGGAUUACUGAAUUAGCGCAAAGAGAUCGGUGUGCGUCUCCAUGUCCUUCCGACUACGAAGAAGGAAAGGACUUCUGUUAUAAAGUCCUUCAUGCGAAAAAAAUCAUGGACUGUAACGACGAGUUUGACAAGUUGAUCGCUAUUGCCUCGACCAAAACUGACAUUCCAACCAAGUUCCUUAUGGACUACAUUGAGCAAACGACUGAAGAGAUGAACAGCUACGUACUAGCGGCGAAAUCGGUUAAGGCCGACUGGAAACACCUCGAGAAGGAACUACCUGACGAAGGGGAGGGUCUAGGAGAACGCGUAAUCAUCCUGGGGCAUCUCCUGCGCGCCGUGACCGCAGCGAAAGACAGCUGGUUAAAGCUGUUCAAUCGCUUCAUCAUAUUGGUCAAGUGGCUGAACAGUCGGGGCUUACAAGGAUUAUACGAAAAGGAAGCCGACUGGUAUGACGAUGAAUCACUUGAGGACUUCAAAGACACAAAGUGGAUGUUCGACAAGUACAUUGACCGGAUACAAAAAGCGACCGAUCUUGCCGAAAGCCACUACAGGAACAAGAUAGGUGUAAAUCAGAAGGCAGACAUCAACGCUCGCAACCUACGCCGGUUACAAGACAGGCUACAGGAAGCCGAAGAAGAGUUGUUCGGACUCAAACUAAAGAGGGCCAAACUAGACGAAAGCGUGGACAAGACAACUCCUGGCACUCAAGUAACAAAUCCAGCGUCGAUGGAGGAAGACGUCCCAGAGCUAGUCGACGAGGGAGAAGAGGGCGAAUGGGAAGGCGAGGAAGAGCUUAUGGUAGUGGAUGAGAUAGACGAUGAACCUCAAGUAGUACAUGAACAAGAGGACCAGCCUGACAAUGAUGAUCAGUAUCUGGCCCACAUCAUAGAAGAAGCUGCCGAACCAAUUCCCCAAGCAUACGAGCCACCUGGGAGGCAGGAAAAUCAACAAGUUGAACAAGUUGCUCAGGAACUGCAAAACAAGAGGGACGAGUUAAGAGAGACCCGUGAGGAGCCUUUAGAAGUUGUCAUGAAGAGCCUUUCGACAGCGACUUGGCGGGCGAAAAAGACUUGA